UUUCCGAGAGUGCGCAGUGGGUGCGUUGGACCCGACCCUUCGGCCUGGGUGGGGAGGGGGCGUCGUUGAGAUGGGGGCGGCGGCAGCGGAGGCGGACCGCACUCUCUUUGUCGGCAACCUUGAAACUAAAGUGACAGAGGAACUACUUUUCGAGCUUUUCCACCAGGCUGGGCCAGUAAUAAAGGUGAAAAUUCCAAAAGAUAAGGAUGGUAAACCAAAGCAGUUUGCAUUUGUGAAUUUCAAACAUGAAGUAUCUGUUCCUUAUGCUAUGAAUCUUCUUAAUGGAAUCAAACUUUUUGGAAGGCCCAUCAAAAUUCAAUUUAGAUCAGGAAGUAGUCAUGCCUCACAGGAUGUCAGUUUGUCAUAUUCCCAGCAUCAUGUUGGAAAUUCAAGUCCUACUUCUACAUCUCCUAGCAGCAGGUAUGAAAGGACUGUGGAUAACGUGACAGCAUCGGCACAAGUAAUACAGAGAUCAUUUUCUUCUCCAGAAAAUUAUCAGAGACAAGCAGUGAUGAACAAUGUUUUGAGACAGAUGUCAUAUGGUGGGAAAUUUGGGUCUUCACAUGUGGAUCAGUCAGGAUUUUCACCAUCAGUUCAGUCACAUAAUCAUACUUUCAAUCAGUCUUCAAGUUCCCAGUGGCGCCAAGAUGCAUCAUCAUCACAGCGUAAAGUCAGACAGAAUUCUCAUCCUUACCUUUCAGAUAGACAUUAUAGCCGCGAACAACGUUAUACUGAUCAUGGAUCUGAUCAUCAUUACAGAGGAAACAGAGAUGAUUUCUUCUAUGAAGAUAGGAAUCAUGAUGGCUGGAGCCAUGAGUAUGAUAACAGAAGAGACAGCAGUAGAGAUGGAAAAUGGCGCUCCUCUCGACACUAACUGUUAGUAAACGGACAUUGUUUCAUGGGAUCAUUUUAGGCCUGUUUGACUAAGUUGGUAUGGAAAUAUUUUGAAAAACUAUAAAGCAGCUUUACAAGUUGCCACAUUUCUUUAUAAGUUUUUUAAAACCUAGAGCUACAGUUUAAUACAGAAAUGAGAAGAAUUGUGGUUUCAAUUUUAUUACAUUAAUAACCUUUCACCUCAGGGCUUUAUGAAGAGGAAAGGGUUUUAUGSAAAAGAAAUGCCACAAUUCCUACUYAUUUUAGGUAGUUUAGGAAGGGUGAAUUGUAUAGAGUGGUUGUAUUAUAAAGCAAAUAUUUUAAUUAUCUGUUGUCCUUUUGUAUUGCAGUUUGUUAGUGAAUCAGAUUUUGGUGUAUAUAACAACAUCCAACUUGAUAGUCUGCAAAGGCUAUCUGUAUUUUGUUAAUAAAUUAGAAAAAAACUUUCUUUUCAGUGAUACAUUUUAUUGACAUUUUAUUUGAGAACGCUUAUUGGGUUAAGUUUGGGGAUAAAUCAUAUUGCAUAACUGAGAGAAUUUAAGUGUAAAUUCUAUGACAUGCUUUUUUGAGUUUUACCCCAAUUGAACAUAUAAAUGUACACAUAYUAUUUCAGUCUAAAAUUAUAGAAUUUGUUCAUUCAAUCAUGUUGUAUGACUGGUCUCAGGAAAUGAAAUAUCUUUACAUGUAUAUUUUUACAUUAAAAAUUACAGUGUUAGUAUAAAUCUUUUUCAGGAAGAACAAAAAAUAUCAGUGCAUAGUCAGAUAAAAUGGAAAAAUGUUUUACUGAAAAUACUSUCUUUGGGGAAAAAAUUCAUGAAGCCUUUAAGUGCUGCAUCUGUCACUCAGACUUUAGAAAUUUUAACAUUUUCAAUGUUCCCAGGAUGUGAAUACAAAGACACAUUUUAUUAUCAAGGAGAUUGUACAGUUCACUCUUUUUUUGUUUGAAUAUUGGAAAAGAAUGUAAUGUUAACAUUUUCUGGUUUUAAAAUUUUAAAAUCAAAUUGUUUAACCAAACUUUUAUGUAUCAAGAUGCUGUUUCCCUUUCAUUGAAGAAAUGUUUAUAAAAAUUCGUUCCUGAAAAAUCUGAAUCCUUUUUAAUACCACACCAUUUGUACUAUGUUGCUUUUUAAUAUAUUAAAAACAAA